UUGACGAAAACGAUUCUACCGGUAUCGAACAUUUCAUUAGUAAAGUAAAUGCAAACGGUGUAACAUGCGUUUCGUGGGAAUCAUUAUCAUCAUUCUUCUGAAAAUUAUUUCUACUCAAAGUAGAUUUUUGCCGGUGAACUAUGUAACUAUGGACGAAAAUGAUGAAGAAUCCACAGAACCUUUCCACCAAAGUGGUGAAUAUAUUCAUGAAAAAGUAAUUGGACUGAAGAAUUAUGAUGAUAAAGACCACGAUGAAUUUGAAUACGGCAUUGAAAGAAAUAGGAACGGUAGAACUAAAAAGCCAUGUGCUGUUGUGGUGUUAUCAAAUAUACAAAACCCAAAUAUGCAGUCGCUCCUCCGAAAAUACAGAUAUGACGCAAACGGUAUUCUCAUACCGAGUAGUGUGAAAUAUUUUAUUAAAAUGCCACAAGGUCUACGCGCUUCACCACUUCUUGUGCCAUUGAACGACAAAGCUUUCUCACCUUUGGGCGGAUUUGUAAGGUACUACAAAGAAGUUCCACCGAUACCACAGUCGUGGUAAUUAAUUGAAUCUAAUAUUGAUUCAACCAUUAAGGUAAUUUCUUUUGAAUUUGUUUCAUGAAAAAUAAACUUUUCAUAGAAGAAUUUAGUUUUAAACGGUGAAUAUACAAUGGCUAAAAUUUGUCGCAAUUCCCAAUAACAUUUUCAAAUAAAUGGAUAUAGAUAAUAAUACCU